AAUUUUAUUAUUAUUUUCCUUCGGUUUCUUCUUCUUCCUCUUCUUCUUAGGAAUCUGAUUUAUACUCCAAUGGCUUCCUCAGCAAUCUGAUUUUCUCUCUCUUCACCGUCUGGUUUAUCUCUUCAUAGCUCUCUCUCCUCCUCUCCUGUUUUCUGCUGUUUCUUUCUCCUUUUUCUGAGGAUAGACGACAUUGGUGAUCUGUUCAAUCGCUUCAUCGGAUCUUCAAGCUCCUGAAAUUCUCUGUUUUGCAUCAAUGGUGGGAGUUGUUUGAGUUAGAUGUUGAUGCUAUGAGAAAAUUAGGUCGGCAGUGAGUUUCUGAAGGUUUCCUAGAACGGUUCUUGUAGAUGAUGCUGGCCGAUUGCAGCUUGUAGAAGCUGCAUUCAAGAAUGAUGCUUACCUUUCAAUUUAUAUUAACUCAGUCCUACGAUGAAAAGCGGGUUUUUGUCGACGAUAUAUAUUUCAUGCUACAGUCUAGCGGUAAACCGUUUAUGAGUGCUGGUGAAAGCUCUUGCGUUAAAAUAAUAGACACCUCUUUGGUGUGGAGGUUGGCAGAAGCCAAUUGACAAUUUCUUUUUGUGCUAUAGCUAAAAGGGAAAUAAUGGAAAGGUAUAAAGUUUUGGAAGAGCUUGGAGAUGGUGCCUGCGGUAGUGUAUAUAAGGCCUUCAAUAUGGAAACAUAUGAAGUUGUUGCUGUCAAGAAAAUGAAGAGAAAAUUUUACUACUGGGAAGAGUGCAUGAACCUACGGGAAGUUAAGGCUCUUCGCAAGCUUAAUCAUCCCAAUGUCAUAAAGUUGAAGGAGGUUGUGAGGGAAAAUAAUGAGCUCUUCUUCAUCUUUGAGUGCAUGGAACACAAUCUGUACCAAAUAACGAAAGAACGGGAAACACCUUUUCCGGAAGGGGAAAUAAGAAGUUUUAUGUCUCAGAUGCUGCAAGGGCUGGCUCACAUGCAUAAGAAUGGUUAUUUUCAUCGGGACCUAAAACCUGAAAACUUGCUGGUGACAAACGAUAUCCUGAAAAUUGCUGACUUUGGGCUGGCUAGAGAAGUUGCAUCGCUGCCUCCUUACACCGAGUAUGUCUCUACACGUUGGUAUCGAGCUCCUGAAGUUUUACUGCAGUCAUCAUCAUACACUCCUGCAGUCGACAUGUGGGCGGUUGGGGCAAUAUUAGCUGAGCUUUUCAUGUUAUCCCCUAUAUUCCCUGGAGAAAGCGAAAUGGAUCAAUUAUACAAGAUCUGCUGUGUUCUUGGUAAGCCGGACUGGACCAUUUUCCCUGAAGCAAAAAGCAUAUCCCGAAUAAUUAGUAUUAGUCAUUCAGAGUUUUCACAGCCCCGAAUUGCUAAUCUCAUUUCUAAUGCUUCCCUUGAAGCUAUUGACUUAAUCACUCAACUCUUAUCAUGGGAUCCUUUGAGACGACCAACUGCAGAUCAAGCGCUACAGCAUCCAUUUUUCAAUAUGGCUAAGCGGGUUUCAUAUCCACUCCAUGACCUCGAGCUGAGACUCAAUAACAAGGGUGGAGCAAUGCCAAAUCUUGAGCUAAACCUCUGGGACUUCGACACAGAACAGGACGAAUGUUUUCUUGGCUUGACACUGGGUGUGAAACCAAGUGCUUCUAACUUAGAAAUGGUCCACAAUGUAUCUCAGGGUAUGGGUGAGAAUAUUCUGUUUUGCUCGGGGCUCAAUGACGACGCCGAGCCAUCAGUUUUCUGGUCACUUCUAUCUUCUGAUCAAAAUCGCUUCCAUGGCGCCUCGGUUGAAUCUUCUUCGCCUCUGUCUCUUUCGUUUGGUUCGAUUCAGCAACAUACAACGAUGGGACAACCUCACUCGACGGGGUUCACUGUCGCCUCCUUGCAACCCAACGUCUUGGACCGGUCGUUGCUGGCAGUUUCCGCCCCGUUCCAGCAGCGACAUUACCUCUGAAUGAAUCUCCCCAACUCGUCGGUACAAAAAAGGAAAAACAAAGUGAAGAGUCUGAGCUUAACAGAAGAGAAAAAGAAGUUGUCUUUACCAUUUUUUUUUUUAAACUUUUGUAUAGCUUCAAGAGUGAUACUCUUUCAUAAAACGUUACCAUUACCAAUUCUUAGAGACAGUUUGAUGUCCAAAAAUACUUGUGGAACCACGACCGACCAAACAAAAGGGUCUCUGUGUAAAUGAAAAGAAGUGUUAAAAAAGUUUGUGGUCUUGUUUUUUGGACCU